GCGGCCGCCGCUUCCCUUUCCCCCUCCCCUUCCCCCGCUUCGAAUCCCCCCCUCCCCCACUCGCGCGCCGCCGCCUCGUCGGAACCCUAGGCCCACCCGAUCGGUGGCGCGGCGAUGGCGAUGGCGGCGCGGCGGGUUCAGCUCGCCGACCGGUGGCGCGGGAUCCAGGAGGCCGAGGAGGCCGAUGACGACGGCGGCGGCGGCGAGCCGUCCGCGGCCAGGCAGCGCCGCCUCAACCAGGCCAAGGAGGAAUGGUUUUCACAUUGUUUUAAUUUUCUGGGAAGUUUGCCAAAAGAAGAGCAUAUUUGGUGUGGAUAUGCUGAUAUUAUGGGACCAUUUCUGGAGACCUUCCUUGGUUACUUUGAUGACCAAGAGGAAAACUCACCUCCUAGGACAAUAUGGAAACGGAUUUCUGAAGAGCUGAAUGUUUGCGCACAAUGUGUUUGCGAACACCACCAGGCACAGAAGGAUUUUGAUUCUGAAUAUCGGUCUGGCGUUGACGCCCUCCUGAAAGUGUUACGGCUUCUCGAUGAAGAGAGGGUUACAGAACAUCUUAGGCAGAUGAAUGCAAAAGCACAAUUAAAGGAGUACAAACCUUCAUGCCAUGAUGCAGAAGUUAGCAUAAUGUUUGAAGUUUUGAUGUAUCCCAUUUUGUUAGAUGACCUGUCACUGGCUAAUCAGUUCCAGACAUUCAUUGAAAGAAUUGAUGAAAUAUUUGAAGUGAGCCUUUCUACUAAUCAGCAAUACCCUGGUGUUUAUGCAUUACUUUUCUUCAAAAGUUGUAAAGCUCGAGCAAUUGGGCUUCGCUUAGCCCGGUCUAUGGGGAAAUUGAGGUAAUGUGCUUGCCACUUUCCUGUUCAUUUUGAAUCAAUAAAGUUACCAAUUAGAUCCAUACACGGAAAUGCAUCUACAUAGUGUACCAUGUAGGAAUAGUUAGGCAAUGUCAUAGAACUGUGCCUGAAGGUGGAAGCUUCCAACCAUGUGUUUGAUGAUGCUGUUUGACUUUGUCAUAGUCUGAUAUUUGUUAAUAGCAUAUUACAUUUACAGCUUUUAAACCUAUACACCGAACAUUUAAUUUGCUACCAUAUUUAAGCAGGAUCCCAUUUCCCUUGUUUUCCCCAGAUCAUUACAAUGUUUGAACAAAAAUACUUGCCAAUCUGACUACUGAUGUUUUCCGUGGCCAAAAUUUGCAUUAAACCAUGCAUGCCCUAUAUGGUCAUGAAAACAUGCCAAAAUUAUCAAAAUGCCAAUCUUUUCUUCUUUUUCUGCUUUAACUCCUACAUAGUGUUUGUGCAACAGCAAAAUUAAGCUUUGGAAAGCCAGUCACCUUGUUUCAUAGACACGUAACUCUUUAGCUCUUGGCAAAAUAAGUAAGAUAAGAGAUAGAAUUGCUAAUAGGGGUGGGCGUUCGGUUUUUCCGGUUUUAUCGGUUCGGUUUGUUCGGUUUAGUAGAAGAUCGGUUUCACAUAAUUGCUAGCUGAAAUUCCUCCUAGAAAAAUUAAAACCGAACCUUUUUAAACCGAAUUAAUUCGGUGCGGUUCUUUCGGGUUAGGUUUAUACCGAACUUGAUUUUGACCACUCCAUCAGUUCAUCACGCUGCCAACAAUAAUCAGGAAUCAACAACAUAUAAAAAAAGAAGUUCCAUCAUCCAUCUUAGGGGAAAUUAAGAGUAUUAGUAUAUACCAUUGGCCAUAGAACCAGAACAACAGCAAGAUGGCAGCAAGAUGUCAGAGAAUCGAAAAGCCAGGAGUCCAAGAUUAGCACCUG